AUGGGUAAGCAAACCACAAACGAAACACGAAAAAUAAUUUUAGAUUUACAUAAAGAAAAGAAAUCUUUGCGUGAAAUUGUAAAAAUCGUUAGAAGGAAUCAUUGUACGAUAAAAAAAAUUAUAGAUAAAUAUACGACUCGUCAUACUAUUGAAAAUUUACCGCGGUCUGGGCGACCUAAGAAGCUUACUGACUCCGAAGUGCGGACAAUUGUACGAGAAGUAAGGAAUAAUCCAGUUUCAAGUGCAGUAAACAUAUCAAAGAAAAUAGCUGAGACUUCAGGCAAAUCAGUGAGUGCAAGCACAAUUCGAAGAGCGCUCCACAAAAAUGGUCUACAUGGCAGAGUGCCACGUAAGAAACCCUAUAUUUCUAAAGCGAAUCAAAAGAAGCGUAUAAAAUUCGCCAGAAAGUACCAAAAUGAGGCUCCACACUUUUGGGAAAACAUUUUAUACUCCGAUGAGAGUAAAUUUAAAAUAUUUGGGGCGAAAAAGCCACCAAAAAUAUGGCGAGCGAAAAAUGAAGCAUUUCUCGACAAGUGCGUUACAAGCACCAUAAGCACGGUGGAGGCUCAGUUAUGGUCUGGGGAUGUAUGGCGGCAUCCGGAGUUGGAAAUCUAG